AUGGAGCUUGUCGUACUGCUCGCCGUCGUCGUUCAACUAUGCGGCAGCGUCCACGGCGAGCUCGAGUUGCUCCAGGUUUUUAAUAUCUGGCGCCAUGGGGACCGGGCCCCGGUUCGAAUGUUUUCUUCCGCGGAAGCCGCCGCUCAUCCUCUGUUCAAAAAUGGGCUCAAGAAUCUGACAGAUCAAGGAAUCCAGCACGCCUUCCAUAUGGGCCAAUUUAUCAAGUACAAGUACGGCGAUUUCCUAUCGACGCCUGACCAGGUCCACAUCCGCUCCACCAGCCACGACCGAACGAUCCGGACGGCCCAGGAGGCGAUGCGGGCCGUUUUUGGGGAUCAGAAAGUUGAGCUCGAGGUGGCCGAGGGGGAGGAUUGGAUGCUCAAACCUUCAUACAUGCACUGCCCCGUCCUCCAGCAACUCCAAGAGGCCAAAUGCCCAAAUUUUGUUCAAUUUCCGAGCGACUACGCUACAAAUUUCGACAGCUACGAGUACGACCUAUUCCGGUGCGCCGGCCUCGACAAGAAGCUCAAGUAUUUCGGGCCCGGCAAGUGGUCUUUCCGGUUGAUGGAGAGCAUCUUGAAUGAGGCGCUGAACAAUUACCUCUUCCUGGGCACCAACGUCACUGACGGCCACGUCAGGGAGGCCAGGAAAAUGUACAGAAAAGUGCAACGGAUCACGCUGGGCAUCGGGCCGUACCACGAGCCCGAGCUGUUGCGUGUCUACUCCGGCGAGCUGUUGUUUGAUAUCACCUCAAAGAUGAAGGCGCAAAUCGACUGCGACAAGACGGAAAGCUGCGGCCCCAUCAUUUUUCACGGGUACUCUUCGCAAGACCUCCAAAUUUUUCCGAUGCUCGAGAUCUUCAACUCGACCAGAGCUGCGGUGGGGGGUGACGCUCCACUUUACACUAGCGGAAUUUUCAUCGAGCUCUGGGCCGGAGAUGACUACGAUUAUUACGUGAAGGUCUUCUACCGCCAAGACUACUCUGACAACCUCGUCGAGCUGAACCAAUAUCUUCCACAUUGUCGGGGAAAAGCUUUCUGUGAUUUUGAAGAUUUUGUCUACGGGAUCUCCGACUUCAUCACGUCCAGCAAUCAGCUAGCUUGCCAAGAUAUCGACCGGAUACGAUAUCGAUUAGAGCAGAUCGGAAAGGGCACAAUUGAUGGGGUCGUGCAGGUCGACCAUGUCAGACUUGACGACGAGGAUGACGAUGCACAACGUCAACGAAAUGCGGCGGCGCUCGGCUGGCUGCCCACCGGGUUCAAUAUUUAUGCGCUGGCCCUGUUGAUAUAUUUUUAUCGAUUAAUU